CAACCUCCUAGUGUGGAAAUAGAUAUAAAACACAGGAAAUGAAUCAUGUUUUUGACGGCACUGGGCCUUUAACAGCCUGUGUUCAUUUACAAACAGUUGUGCAGUAUUGCUGCUCAAACGGUUUCCUGUGUGCUGACUGCUAUCUCCGUCCUCUCAACGAGCUGUGAAACAAACACAAUGGGGAAAACAGGCCUGACUGGAUCAAGGCCUUUCCAGGCUAACAUAAAGCGCCAGCCUCAACUAGCAGACUGGUAUUCCAUUUACCUUUGUCUUUGUUGUAGUUAGGCAGAAGUGAGCCUUCAGUAGCCUGAUGAUCUCUAUAGUUACACCCUCUUCCAUUGGCUCUGACUAAAUCUUCCCAGGCCUGUGUGAACAAAAUGAUCACUUGGCCUCCCAUCACAAUUCACAAGGGUAAUUGAAAGUGAACAGACCAGAUGAACUGGAAAGACAUUCACCCUUCCGGGUGGCCAAAAAUAACUAAUUGAAAGCCACGCCCUCAACAAGCCAUGCCUCUGAAUCUCCUCUCAAUAUUAUUGAACAGUAUUUGCAUAUUUGCCAGCAGUCUUUGCACAACAAUAACAAAUAACAUUGGAACUGUUCAUUGAGGUUUGUUAUGUGAACCAAAUAGAUGUACAAGUCAUCAAUACAUUCAAAUAUUUAGUGGCAUGUAGUGGCAUUUUUUUUUUAAAGUUACAAAUGACCAUGACUGGGAUGUGUUGCUGUGCAAACGACAUGUAGGCCCAUCUUUCAGUUAAACAAUGUAAUGACUUUUGCAAUGGUCUAUAGUGUACAAAUUCUAGGGCCUGCUAUGCAGAUACCUAGAAGGCCAAUGCAACACUUGAUAGUGGGAGUUUGCAGGCCCCCCAUAGCCAAGGGCCCCAGUGCACACACAUUGCCAGCACUGCCUGGCCCUAUGCCACUGCCCUCCCCUCUUCACAGUACUUAUAAACAUUCAGAUUGAGAGUAUGACAGUGGAGGAUGAACUGGAAUGGUGCCUUUGAAUCCUCAACGAUCUUAUGGAUUUGAUCUCUUCUGCAAAUAGACAACGAAACAAGCAUUAAAGAUGACAUGGACAUCAAAAAGUGGAAUCUGAUUAUUUGAAUAUGUUUUAAAGGGAAUCAGAUGUGCUUGGUUGUAGGCUGGGCUGUUGCUAGGGGAAGCAGUGUUGUUAUGGUCAGAGUGAAGGUGGGUGUGUCCUCACCAGUGCCCAGACAGAAAUGCUGGCUCAUCCACAGCCUCUCUCAGUAAUAAAACGACAUAGGGAACACUCCCCUCUUGUGGUUGCUGCUAGUCCUGCGUUUUUCAGAAUCACUUUCAUUCUUGUGAUUGAAGAUUGUGGGAGAAGCUGUAAAUUUGGACACAUAUGUUUCCUAAAGGCCACUUCAGUGGUGAACUAGAAAGUGAAAGCCGUUCUCAUAUGGUUUGGUUGUGGAAUAGAGAGACAAUCUUAAAGUAGUGGGUUUCUGUCCUGAAUGGAUUUUCUGUCUGCAGUUUCUCAGUUGAAGGCUGAGGCGAGACUGGCAGCGAAGCGGGCGGCCAGAGCAGAGGCACGGGAGAUACGCAUGAAGGAACUGGAGAGACAGCAGAAAGAGGUGUAUCAAAGCCAGAAGAAAUACUAUGGUCUGGACAACAAAUGGGGCCACAUUGAGCAGUGGAUGGAGGAGAGUGAGAGGUACUCCUCCCGUCCUUCACGGAGACACACGUCGAUUUCAGACGAUGAGGAACGGAUGUCGGUGGGGAGCCGAGGAAGCCUUAGGAGAAACUUCUCAUCUGAUCUGUACUGCAGCUCCAACAGUCUUCCCUCACUCAGACAUCAAAAUUCCACUCAAAAUGGCCGGCCCUCCAUGCUCUUUAUUGAUGGCCCACGUACCCAGAGUCACAGGGGCUCUGUGUGUGACGAGGCUGUGCAGAGUAGCACACGGCGCUUUAGUGGCUCCAUCUCUCGCGGUCCUUCAGACUACAGUGGUUUUCUGGGCUCCAACUCUCGGGCCUCGUCCAGGGCCAGCUCUGCCCGUGCCAGCCCAGUGGUGGAGGAGAGAUCAGACAGGGACUUCCUGGAAAAGGGUUCCAGGACUGCCUCUACCCUCUCAGCAGCCACUCUAGCAUCGCUGGGAGGGCCCUCCUCUCGCAGAGGCAGCUGUGACACCUCUAUCUCAGUAGAGACAGAGGCCUCCAUUCGAGAGAUAAAGGACUCCCUGGUGGAGUCUGAGGAGAAGUACCGUAAGGCCAUGGUGUCCAACGCCCAGCUACACAACGAGAAGUCCAACCUCAUGUACCAGGUGGACACGCUGAAGGACUCGCUCAUUGAGCUGGAGGAGCAGCUGUACGAGUCUAAACGAGAGUACAACGACAAGGCCAAGGAGUUUGAGAGGGAGAGGCACGCCCACAGUGUUCUGCAGCGCCAGUUUAAGGAGAUGAGAGAGACGCUGAAACAGAGUGAAGAACUGUUAACCGAGGUGGGCCAGCUCCGUCUCAAACGGGACAGCUGUGUUAGGGAGAUCUCCGACCUGCAGGAGACCCUCGGAUGGAAGGAGAAAAAGAUUGGGGCCUUAGAGAGGCAGAGGGAAUUCUCAGACGCCGGCGUGCGGGAUGAGCGGGAAAAGCUCAGGGAUCAGGUGGUCCACCUCAAAGACACUCUGAAGAAACAUGGGAUAGUGCUGUCACCUGAAGUAACCACCAAUGGGGAUGCAGGACAGAUGAUUGACGGGCCUCGCAGUGCAGACUCUACCCGAUUGGCUCAGGAGUCCCAGCCGUCUCAUGGUGGGGAGAGCAUGCUUGGCGAAGCACCAGAGAUGCAGUUGGACCAUGGCGAGGUGAGGACACCAGGGGGAGGCAGACUUCUACAUGAGGCUGACAACUACUCACAUGACCAGGAGAGGGCACUACUGGAGAUAGAAUCUUCGGACAAGUUGAACCAAGACAAGUUGAAUGACAGCCUGCAGCAACAAACAGACACUGAAGCAGAGCAGUCCAAGUACUGUGACCAAGAGACCCAGGUGGAUGUUGCUGCACCUGAAGAAGCCAUUUUGGUGCAUUUUGGUGACAAAAAGACUCAGAUUGAAUAUGAAGUAGAGAAACCCCAAUACUGCGACACAGAAACUCUGGUGGAACCUGCUGAACUUGAGGGAGCCAUUUUGGUUCAAAAGGAAUAUACAGAUGGUGGCAGUGACAAUGGAGAGGGGUUGAAUCAAAGAGGAUUUGAACCAGAAUCCCAGGAACAGGCAGAGAAUGAGGAAAACAGUGGAGAAAGUAACAAGGAAGCUGUACCAGUAAGCGGUGGCACUGACGGACAAUGUGAGGAAAACACACACCUUGAGAAAGGACGGGAAUACACAGAGCUUCUCACAGCUGUGUCUACUGACUUUGAAGAACAGGACAUCUCUGGCCCAACUCUCUGUGAUGAGACAGAGGCAACUCUUAGUCAAAUCCAAAGUGACCUGCAAGGAGAGAACACCCAGGAGUAUGAUCCUGGGACUAAAGGUCAAGUCAUUCCAGAAAACUCAAGGAUCACGGAAUCUGAGAUGAUUAAGAUGAUUCUGAGGAUUUCUGUAUGUCUAGGGGAGGCAAAGACCAGCCCAAAUCAGAUCUCUCAAGGAUCAUUAAAGAAAACAGAAACAAUAGGGAUGGAGAUGAAGAAUCAUCCAGGGCAUCCUGCAGAGCAUCAGGCAGAGACUGGCCAAGUAACAUCUACUGGAACAUCUGCUAUCUCAUCUACAGUCUCUAUUGAACUGUUUAUCUCUGAAUGUCCUGAUGAGGUUGGAAUCAAGACAGAUCCGCUCAUAAUAAACACUUUAAGUGAAUUUGAGAAAGAUACACAGAAUUCUCUAGAACUUCAGCAACAUAAGAAUGAUCAUUUCAGUACAGAAAGCUCUGUGGAAAUUGUGCCAAAGAUCACAGACUCUGACGGACAGAAAUUAUCUGAGAGGGUUGAAGAGCUGGAGUCGAGUUCAGUGGAGAGCAAGCCAGAUCAGAUUUGGCAGGAAUCUGUAUGUGGCAUGAAGGAAGAUGAACCAAAUACUAAAGAGCUUCAGGCAAAGGAGCCCCCAUCCACUAUCGCUGACAAAACGGUUACACCUAUCAUAACAGAGGAGGGGAAGACUAGACUAGACAAACAGGUGAUCCCUGAUUUACCAGAGAAGCUAGAGACCAGCUUAGAAAAUACCUUACCAGGAGUUCAAGGUGAUCAGAAGAUGGAUGUAGCAGAAUCAAGGGAGAAACAAGGAUGUACCUGUAAAUGUACAUGUAAACAAUCCGAGAGUGAUCAAGUACUGAUGGAAAACUCACUGGAUGUAGCUCUAACUCAGAGGAUCAGUGACUCUAGUGGAGAGGUUAUCUCAGACAGGACAGAGGCGGUAGAGCCCAGCCCAGACAGGAGCCAAUCAGAAUCACCCAGUUGUGUAGAGAGAGAAGAAUGGUGCAUCAUUGAGGAGAACAUCUAUGAGGAGAAUCUCCAGCAGGAAGCCAUUCAGGAGGAGCAACAGACAGAACAGGGGGAGGCUUCAACAAGUUCACCAGCAGGGGGAGACAAUGAGUUAAACGAUGGGGCCUCCGCUGGAUAUAUAGACAGUUGUGAAGAAGCCGUUCUACUUGUGAAAGAGGAGGAAACCUAUCUACCUGUAGAAGAAGAGCACAUCAGCUCCUCACCCGGACCCUCGGCACUUGGCCAAGAGAUACAGCCAUUACCCGAGGCGGUGGAGGAGGGGAGAGAGCGCCCCCCAGUGGAAGAAGCCCAGAAACAGGAGAGCGGUGUAAGAAAGGGACAAAGGGGCAAUAGGAAGGGCAAGGGCAAAGAUCCUUGCAGAGUAAACUAGUUGAUGAUACUGUACUCUCAAAGUGUUAUUUGAUGUGUAAUAGACUACUGACUGGGGUUGCAGCCAGUGUCUGUGGGUUUCUUUGUUUUACUCAAAGGAAUUACAUGUUUUAUUUAAUGACUUAUUUAGUGCCUUGAAUAAAUGAACCAUGUUGAAGA